CAUCUUCGACUCCCGCCGUUCUACGGUCGGGUUGCAGAGCCCGGCCCUUGCGACAUAUCCCAGAACCGUGAUCAUGAAUUGGUAGUUUGCAAUGACGACCUUGAAUGCUUGUUCGAUUUCGAUGCUUUUUACGCUUCUUUUGAUGAUGAUAUACCCCUCGAUGUUUCGCUUGCCGAUAUUCAAUUGUUUGAUGAUCUACCCUUUCACAACUCAUUACUUGGACUCGAACCUUCUUCACCUUUCUGGCAAGAGCUAGACCAAAGCUGGGAUUUAAGCAGUGGUCAACCCACAGCGUCGCCGCUUCUAAGCAAUACCUUCAAUUUUCUGGACACAUUGGAUCGAACCACGUUGUUACCGGAGCUUGAGUUGCCAGUUUCUCAGGAUUGGCUCAUGUCCGAGCCAAGAGAUGAGAAUCCUAAAGGCACCUCUGUUCUCUUACUCCAAGAUGCCCGGCCUGAAUCGGAAAAGUCUUUGCACACAGCACCUGAGAAGUCAUAUCUGUCUACUCCAUCUACGAUUUCUGUUACGUCCCCUUCAGGCUCAGACAUCGAUUUAGUGGAGUCAACCGCGAGCGAGAUCGAAAUGGCAAGUCCCGUCACCACAUCCCCAAUGGUCGCAGCAAGAAGCCUCCAGGCAAACCCGAGGAAAAGAAUGCAAGGAUAUGAUGACUAUCAAAGCGAGCUGGUCAGGCAGUCAAGGUCAUCAUUCCCGAACAACAAUUUACCUUGUCUUUGGGAACAAUGUGGGAUUGUUUUUAGCAGUUCAACGGAACGGAGGAACCACGUUCGAUCGCACACAAUCAAUGCAGUGGAUUGUAGAUGGCCCGGGUGUGCAAGAUCCUUUGAAGGUAGAGCAAGUCUCAAUAAACACCUAGAUACGCACAUAAAGCCGCACGCUUGCCCCAACCCAACUUGUCAACAUACAGCUGCUACUCCAAGAGAUCUUGAACGCCAUAUGGAUACACAUCAGAGACUCCUGGGGUACUAUUGUCCCAUUGACAGCUGUAGAGCCAGCCGAAGUUCUAGCAAGCCAGCCUUCUCAAGGCUCGACAAUGCGGCAAGACAUAUCAAGAGGAUACAUCCCGGCUCAUCUGCAAUUCCGAGACCCAAGUUAGGAGCGGUUCACAACAUCAAACUAUAAAUAUCGAAGAACGAAACAUCAUUAUCACCAUCAUCACUCAUCACCAUUAGCAAAAAGCAAAGCAUUUCGAUCAAACUUCAAGAUCGAUCAUUGGGUCAAUGGUCAAGCUAGCACUCCCGAUAUUGAUGAUUAGCAUCAUCGCUGUCAUUAACUGAUAUAGGUCUGUGUCUGAGCUUGACUUGGCCAUUUAACUGCCGGAG